UACUAGUAAUUAUCUCAGAGAAUGACUCAUGGCCUCUUCGUGUUCACGAGCAGUGACUAUUCGAAGUGCUAUAAUACCUUGCUGAUGCAACGAACUGAAAUCUCGUCCACUCCUGUGCCGAAUGUUAGGGUGCUGCCCAUCCAAUCCCUCUUCACACCAUUUUUCCAGUUUAUUUAAGGCAUCAUGUAAAUGUUCAUGUAACAAAAAACCAGGGAAAAACCUGGUUGUCUGCAUUGAUGGAACAUCGAACACCAGGGACGAUACCAGUCAUGUCUUCGAACUAUACGACAAUAUCGUCAAGGAUGAUCAACAACAGAUAGGAUACUACGCUAGUGGUGUGGGAACGGAUGUCAGGCCCGAAGGCUUUGUGCUUGUGGAGCGGAUUUUAAAGAAAUUGGACCUGGCUAUUGCUCAUAGUAUCGGGGAAAAUAUAUUGACAGCGUAUGAAUGGCUCUCAGAUAGAUACCAUGAUGGUGAUAAAAUCUUUUUGUUUGGAUUUUCAAGGGGUGCAUAUCAAGUCCGUGCUUUGGCGGGAAUGAUCCACGAGGUGGGGCUUAUCAGACCUGGAAACGGAAGCCAGAUAUCAAGUGCCUUCCAGUACUAUUGCUCUAUCAAUAGCGGGAAGUCUAAAGAUAUCAAUGGUGCGAAGGAGUUCAAAAUGCGAUUGUCCAGAAGCGUAGCCAUACAUUUCAUCGGUGUAUGGGACACCGUCUCAUCUGUUGGUGUCAGGAAGACGAAGAAUUUUCCAUCCACUGAUACAUGCGAUCACGUUUGCUACUUCCGCCAGGCACUUGCGCUAGAUGAGCGCCGAGUGAGAUUUCUACCUGAGUAUGUCUACGGGGGUAUGCGUUCAGACUGGCAUAAAUAUCAAGUGUCGGCACCAUCUCCCACAGACGAAGGUCGUAUCAAGGAGGUUUGGUUUGCGGGUAGCCAUUCGGAUGUCGGUGGUGCACGUUGGAAGAAGAAGAGUUACCCCAAUGACUUCCGGAACAUCCCUCUCCUGUGGAUGCUUGAAGAAGCUCGCGAGGCGGGGCUUCUGCUCAAUCCCCGCGAGGUAGCUUUCAAACAUGAAAAUGAAUCAUUUCUGAAACCUGAAGUUACCGAUCCUUCAAAUCUUGCGUGGUGGCUACUUGAGAUAUUGCCUAUUGGACAUCUUUGCUUCAACUCCAACACACUUAAAGCGCUGCCGCACCUUGGACGAGGGCGCAUCAUCAUGCCCGGACAAAAGAUCCACGAGUCAGUUCUUUUUCGUCCCAACUACCGACCUAAAGCGCAUUUUUGGAUGAAUGUCCAGCAAUGGCCUGAAGCGGUGCAGUGGUAUAUAGCAUCUGCCGAGGAGCGUUUAUCACAACUUGAUUUUGCCUUGGAAUUGCUUUCAUUCAAAGGAUCGACUGCUGAAGCUCUCGUCUGUUGUAUUUUUGACAAACAGAUGCUUGAUAAUAUGUAUUCAUUUGAACUCGCAGUCAAAUUAGGCAAGGCGAACACACAUGAGACGCUAGAGGCCAUACUCAGUAUCGACGGCAAACUUAUUGCAGGCACUAAACGCUCAAAAGAUAGUGGGGAGGAAUGGUCUCUAGCAGAUUCUGAGAAGAAUGGAGAUGCUGAUGAGGCCAAAGAGGAACGCAAUAUCCGUCUCGUGCGCCUCGAUGCAUUCAUCACGUACUGCGAACGUGUCAAGAGCAAAGACAUAAUCAUCAAAUGCAUCCUAGACGACCUGUUCCAAUUUUGUUUCUUUUGGAUUUCAACUUGUGUCCUAUGGAGAGUAUUACUCUACGCGGGACUAAACACGAUCUAGUCUACCCCCCAGGAGUGUCCCUCAAGUUGUCGAGCACACCCAAGGACGCCCAUCCCCGAUUCGUUUACAAAACAGCCUUAUAGCUACAACCUU